GAAGCGGGAGGAGGCGAGGAGCAGCAUGAGGAGGGAGGCGAGGGCAGAGAGAGAGGAGAGCGCGGAUACUGCGGUCCGCUCGUCUUCAACUCCCACCCCCACCCUCUCCGCCCCCCUCCCCUCUCCAACACUCCAGGGGCCGAGGAUCAUGGGAACCACAGCGAGCACGGGGAGGCAGGCGGUAUCCGUGGCAGCACAGUACUCCAGUUUCCAUGGCGACGGACCGGCGAGCCGCCACCCGCCCUCCAGCGUCGCCGCCGCAGCGAGGACCAAUUCGGCCAUCUCCACGGCAACCAUCAUCUCCAACACAUCAGCCGGUGGCGGCGGUGGCGUGGGUGGAGGCGGUUGUGCACAGUUGCCUGGCAAUCGGGCAAAAUCCAUCAUCACCAACAAGGUGGCACCGGUCGUCAUCACGUUUAACUGCAAGGAGGAGUUCCAGAUCCACGAUGAGAAGUCCCGAGCUGGGUACAUCACGGGACGGAUCGCAGACGGACACCGGGAGCACUACCUCAUCCAGGGCAAGUACUUCCUGGUGAGGGACCAGCCCCGGGGGGCCGAUGUGCUGGGCACGGUAUCGCAACGCGGGGCCCCCAAUUUCCGGCAGGCUCAAAACGGCCUCCCUGUCUACGGCAUGGGGCAGCCGUCCCCGGCGGGCCUGCUCAGCGUGCUGCAGGGCAUGUGUGACGCCGGCCACACCGAGCUGCUGCUCGUGAACCUCCGCGGGGACCCCGUGGUCUUCCUGCCGCGCACCGGCCCGGACGACGACGACGACUUCACGGCGUUCGUUCCGCGCCGGCCGGGCUGCCCCCUCGACGUCCCGCGCCCCCCCGCCCCGCCGGUGCCGCCGGCGCCUCCGCACGCCGGCCCCGCCGCGUGGGGUCACCGCGGCGGGCGCUGCAGGAGCCGUGGCGGUUGGGCCGGCCGGGAGGUGGACGCCCUGGAGCUGAGCAUCCGCCGGGAGAUUCUGGACUUUGCGUCACUGAAGCAGAACACGUACUACGUGUACGAGGAGCUGGACGCCACCGCCUUCCCUGGCGGUGGCGGCGGUGGCGGCGCCGCCACCGCCGGAGCGGCGCUGCCGUGCCGGCUUAGCGAGGACGACGAUGUGCGGACCAGCGAGGAGGUGUUCUGUCGGCCGCUCUUCACCGUGCCGGGCCUGCGGUAUGCCCGGAUCCCGUUCCCAGUGGAGGGAGCUCCUGACGAAGAGGCCUUUGACGACUUCAUCAACCUCAUCCGUCAGAGCCCAGGCCUCGUGGGCCACGAGGUGGCCACCGGCGCCACCGUGGCGCCAGCGCCGGCCUUCCUCUUCACCUGCCGCAGCGGCACCGGCUGCACCACCCUGGGCAUGGCCCUCGCCUGCCUGUUGCUCGGCCACCGCCUCGGCUUCCCGGCCACACCACGGCCUGGCGAUGGCGCAGCAGCGGAGACCCCUCCCAUCCCACGGCUCCACUUGAUAACGAGCUUCCUCGACAUCGUCCCCGACGCGCAGCAGAUCCUCGACGAGGUGGACUGUGCGGUUGCCAUGUGCUCGGAGUUGUGCAGCCUGUCGGGCGCCGUCUACGAGGACAAGGAGAGGCUGGAGGCCGUCGCGGAUGAUCGCCAGUCGCAGGGAUCCGGCGAGAGGGAGCUCGCCCUGCAUCGGCUGCUCGGGAGCCUUGAGCGCUGCUUCUACCUGCUCUGCUUCAACUUCUACCUGCACGAGCAGUUCAGGCUGGCCUUCUCGCUGCCAUUCAGCGUGUGGAUGCGCCGCCACCCCGAGCUGCUGAGGCUGCUGGCACGGAGCGACGUGUCGGAGCUGUGGGCGCCGGUGGAGCUCAUCACCGCCGGCACGCGCAUUCUGGUGGCGGACGAUCACGUCGACCUGGACGUGAUGAGCUCCAAGCGUGAGAUGCACGUCGCAAACUUCCGCCGCGUCCCCAAACUCCCGGUCUACGGCAUGGCCCAGCCCAGCUCCGAGGGCCUGUCCCACGUGCUGAGCUACCUGACGGGGGAGCGGCGGGCCCACGGGGCCGUGGCGAGUGUGAACCUGCGCGGGGAGGUCGUGCUGGAGGCCAGCGGGAACACCUACACGCCGCGCGAGCGCGCGCAGCCGCACACAGCCAUCGUGCUGCCCGCCAGCAACCCCGAGCAGAUAGACGAGGUGGAGCGGGAGCUCAAGGCGUGCGUGCUCGCGGCGCCGGGCUGGCUGGAGGCGUGGCAGGACGACGAGAAGCAGGUGAAGGCGUUCCGGGCGUGCGAGACGCCGGCCGGCGUGCACGCCACGCUGCGCCGCUCGCUGCACCCGCAGCUGCGCUACCACCGGCUGCCCCUGCCCGACGGGGCGGCCCCCUCCGAGCAGGACUUCGACCGCCUCCUCGACCUCUUCAAGGUGACCCUGGCGGAGGAGGCGAGCGCCGCGUUCCUCUUCAGCUGCCACAGCGGCGGGAGCCGCACCACCACCGCCAUGGCCGCCACCGUGCUGUUCCUGUGGCACGUCAAUGGCUUCCCCGUGGACACGGAGGAGGAGAUGGUCAGCGUCCCCGAUGCCAAGUACACCAAGGGCGAGUUCGAGGCGGUGCUGGAGCUGCUGCGGAUGCUGCCGGACGGGCCAGAGAUGAAGCGUGAGGUGGACGCGGCGCUGGACGCCGUGAGCGAGACGAUGACGCCCAUGCACUACCACCUGCGCGAGGUCAUCUUCUGCACCUACCGCAAGGUGCGCAUGGCUAAGACGGAGGAGGAGCGGGCGUCUCUGUGUUUGCGCAGCCUGCAGCGGCUGGAGCGCUACAUCUACCUGAUCCUCUACAACACCUACCUGCACCUGGAGAAGGGUUCGCACUGGGACCGGCCCUUCUCCCUCUGGAUGAGCCAGAGUUCGAGGACCCCGAGUCGUCUCCGCUGUGCCGCCUACGCCAUCGCUGGCGCCACCGCUACCCACGCACGCUGCCGCCCCGCGGGGAGUUCAAGUGACGCGGCGUCCCCACGCGGAGCCACAUCCCCGCCGCCGGGAGGCAUCGACGACUGCCCGCCGCGGGCUGAGCCGGGCGACGCGAGAGGGCGAGAGGGCGAGACCGCGCGGUCUGGCGGUGCCGGCCACCACUGCCACCGUGGCGAGGAAGAACGCGGCCUCUUGCCCAGCGUGUCCGUGGGUGAUGGGGCCGAGCCGUUUGCGUGAAAUGCGUUGGCUGGUGGGACACUCCGGGGUGAGUUGGCGUGGACCGCCCCGUGCCCGACAGCGAUCCCGAGGGUCGCUCUCGGGGCGGACAUUUGGUAGCACUUUCCGCUUCCAAGAAAAUGAGAGAGCGUGGCAUCUGCGCUCGAGCUGAGCGCGGCUCCGGUCCGCCCGUCGAGCCGCGCACGUUCACGUCUCUCCAGCAGUUCCGCUGCAGGCGAGCGGAGCCGACGAGAGGUGACGGCGUUGGUGGAAACUCGCUCCCCUGCACUGCGUCGCCAUGCAUGCGGUGUGCCUUGUGCGUGACCCCUGCGUGACCUGGCCCUCCUCCCCGGAACCCUUUUGUGACUUGAAUUUAACCCCUGUGUACCCUGCCUGUAUAAUUAUUAUGGCAGUGUUGCUUAUGCGAUGUUAGCUUCCGGUGUUGUUGUUUCGUCCGUGAUUUUGAGCGUUGUUCCUCAUGAAUGAUGUCCUCGUUCUCGCGAUGAACUCUGAGACCUCGCUCCGGAGGUGCCACGUGUUCCACUCCUACUGGCAUCUUCCAGCGCUCACGCAGGCUCCACUAUGUUUUGCUAAAAGAGUUUUCAAAGGUGCCGCGGCGACAUUAUAUACAAAUGUUCAUGUUCGUAACUGACGGUGUCGCAGGGCAGCCAGCGAGCGGCAAAGAGCCUUUGCGGUGAUCGCGCUCGAGAUGAGGACCGACACCUUCCUUGGAUCGACCGACGAGGUUACGGGAACUUGGGGAGAGAGACGACGAUGGGUAUCGAUGGCAAAUUUGCAACACGGGACACGUUCCACUGAGAGAGGGGCACACCCCACUGGCAUGCGACGCGGGCAGCAACGGGCAGCGUCGGUGAUCGGCUGCGGUGCCGUGGUCAGCACACAGGGCUUACGAUUCCGUCUCCCGGCACGGCAGCUUUUAAACAAUGGGACCGGUUUCUCGAAUCUCCCCUCCACCACCGCCUCUGUCCACCCGGGCUGCAGCGGAGACGGCUGCACCGCAGUUAGCCGAUCGGCAGGUCACCGCGCGCGGUGGGGUACAGUGUGAGCACUGCCACCUCCUGCAAGACGUCCGGCCGGCGUCGAAGAGUGGGCCAGAAAAUAUUCUCUCGUGGGAGGGGGGGGGGGGGUGGGGGGCCCAUCCACCAGCAGGGGCGCCGAGCGCGCAGUUUCACUGGCCGGGGGCUGCGCCGCUGCUCUACGCUUCGUAGGAACCUGCGCGGAGGAGGCCUCAAUCCAGCGGUGGACGAUUCCCGUAGCGGGAACGUGGCGAGGGAGCCAACGGGAGGGAAUUCCACCCGCCGGGCAGCACGAGGAGAGGAGGCUGCAGCAAGGGAGAGGCGGAGUCGCGUCGUCCGUUGGAGCAGCCGUUGCCCUGCGGUGCCCAUUGGGACGGCACGGGCGACCCGCUCUCGGGGCGACCCUCGCUGACGCUGGAGCUGCCGUUGCCCCGCGAUGGUGUUUAUUUGUUUUCGCGUCCGCACGGCCGUGCCGCUUGGUUACGUGCGCGCGCGCGCGUUCGUGUGCGUGCGUCUGUUUCCCACGCUGUCAACCCCGACGCCAGUGCCGGUCACCGUGGUCUCGGGACAUGGUGCUCAAGUUGUUGUUUGCCGUCCGUUCGUGCGACUUUGCCGGGACCGCGGUGAAUUUCCGAUCGGGCCUUCGCACCGCAGGACCCACGCGCACUCCACACGCCAAGGUUCGGCACCUCCCCCCCCGAAAAACCGGCGUGCGACGACGGUCGCCUCCGGCCCUGUGCCAUUGGCGCCAAUUCCACGUUCUUAUGGUAGUCGCAAUUCGAUUGACUGCCGAGGGAUCUGGGAGGAGCGUUUUUUUGUCAGUCGCACAGCGGGGAACGAGCCCAUCGGAGAUGGAGCGCUGGAAUCGGCUGGAGUGUCGGGAGCAAGACGGAUCGUCGUGUUGCGAGACCGUGAGAGAUGGCGAUGGCUUGUGGGCGCCUUUCAUCCGGCAGUGGAUAGAUCAGGGCUGAUGAUUAAUUUCUGCUUUUGUACGAACAUAGAGAGAGAGAGAGAAAGAUGUAUGUACAUAUAUAUAAAAACAAAAUCUGUCAUAAUA